AUGCAAAUUACUAAGUCCCUCCACGGAAGAAUACGUAUGCAAAUUACUAAGUCCCUCCUCGGAAGAAUACGUUUGAAAAUUACUAAAUCCCUCCUCGGAGGAAUACGUAUGCAAAUUACUAAAUCCCUCCCCGGAGGAAUACGUAUGCAAAUUACUAUGUCCCUCUUCGGUAGAAUACUUAUGCAAAUUACAAAUACCCUCCUCGGAAGAAUGCGUAUGCAAAUUACUAAGUCCCUCCUCGGAAGAAUACGUAUGCAAAUUACUAAGUCCCUCCUCGGAAGAAUACUUAUGCAAAUUACUAAGUCCCUCCUCGGAGGAAUACGUAUGCAAAUUACUAAUCCCUCCUCGGAGGAAUACGUAUGCAAAUUACUAUGUCCCUCCUCGGAAGAAUACGUAUGCAAAUUAUUAAGUCCCUCCUCGGAAGAAUACGUAUGCAAAUUACUAAAUCCCUCCUCGGAGGAAUACGUAUACAAAUUACUAAGUCCCUCCUCGGAGGAAUACAUAUGCAAAUUACUAAGUCCCUCCUCGGAGGACUAA